AUUAAUCACAAAGUCACAAGGUCAUAAAGUUACUUUCUACCAAAUCGAAGUUCUUGUCGUCUGUCUCCUCGGAUUUUUAAAUCUAUAAUCCUUUCUAAUCGAUUCCUCUUUUUUCAGCAAUGUUGCCCAAUCGUUAGCUAUUUUAUAACUAACGGUUUGCACCGGCCUUCUUCCAAACCACUAUAAGCAAACUAUACUAGCUAGAUGAUGUGCGGACUUACGAUUGUCGUGACUUUAUCACAAUUCUACUAUGGCCCUCUUAUACAACCUGGAGCCAUAUCUUACCGAUUUGUCUGACACUUCUUCUGGUGAAACUGAGCCUCAUGAAACCAUGGCUUCUUCUGCGGUGCCCUCUUCCGAGAGUCUGAUCAUGGAUAGGGACAAGUACUCUGAUAAGGACAUCCAGAUACUAUAUCAAAUCGUGACCCGGGCCGAAGAGAUAUUAAACGAUUAUACCCCUACCUCCCGUCUUCCGACUCAUGCUUUAUACAAUGCCUACGAUGAAGUUCUUCCCCAGUAUGGAAUCAACCCAGAUGACGACCGCCUUAUUAGCGAGCUCGUAUUCAAGGUUGGGGGCGUCAGAAAUACCGAUUCGCUUAGGGAAAAGUUUAAAACCGUCAUGUCUCGGUUAGGAAUUACAGUUCAGUGGGAUGAUCCCCCGGCGCAUGGAAAUGAGCACGAUGAUGCCCAUUCGAAUUCCGGUUAUACAUCUGAUGAAUUGUCUGUUGGUGGUAGCGAAGAUCGUCACCCCGUCGCUGCUAAGAUUAUGCCCAAGGAAAAACCCCCCCUUGUUAAUGGUAGACACACCGGUAACGGCUAUGUCGUCCCCGAGAUCCGUUAUGAUCAUCAUAUGGACGACGUCAACGGCGACGCUUCUAUCAGGGAUGACCCCGGUAAUCUCUCCAAGAUUGAGCAGCAACUCGAAUGCAGCGCUAUUGCCUUUCAAAGAAAGCACCAUGACAAAUUCUCAACUAUGACGGCUGUUCGUCAAUGGCAGAAAAGGUCUAAUUUUAUUGGCACGCUGUCCGAUCAAUUUGAUGCUGCGCGGCAGGCUGAUCUGGAAGAGGACCUCGAAGCUAAAUUCGAGGAAUGGAGAGCUUUAUCUGCCGAGGUAGAUCGCUUACCACCACACCGUCUUCCUCCCAAUGUAUACUCUAAGCGCUUCGAAGAGAUUGCAAUACGGGCUCGUGAGAUUCACAAUGCCAAAAUUACGAUAAGGCGCUGGCGACACAAUGCAAAGGAACAAAGUCGCAAAGUCCGGAAGAUCGAGGAGUCAUCAGACCCUAUCGAGCGUGUUGCGGCAAAAGCACACAAGAACUUAAUGCUAUCGCGCGCAUUCGCAAAUUGGUCUAAUCGCUUGGAAGAAGAAUCGGAUAGAGCACAGAUGGCCGCCAAGGUUUACGAAAUGAGAUUAAAGUCCAAAGCAUUUGGCAUUCACCGUCGACCACAUGAAGAUGUUCAAAUGAGUGGUGCUCGCGACAGUCCCGCCGAGUCUUUGCCCCCCGCUUAUAUCGCUAAUUCUGAGGAUGCUCCUAAACUCCCACCCCCCGACGAAAAAUUGGAAUCUAAUGUUAUCAACCAUAUUAUCCCGCCGAACCCUGUGCCUGAUGUUUACGAGAAGACCUCUCCUGGGGCCCCUGCGAAGAAUACCUGCUCUAAUGACGAUCCGGAUGAUUCCGGCAACGAGGAGAUGGACGAAAUCACAUUGCUUGCACGACGCCAUAUUCUUCGUAUGCGUUAUUAUGAUAUCUGGGAGAAGUAUACGGCGGAUAAAUUGAACAAAGCUAAAGGAUUCCAAGUCGAGACACAGAAUGAACGGAUUGCUCAAAUUAUCCCUGUAUGGCGUUCCCAGGCCGAGCAAGCCUCCCAGCAGCAGGAUACCCUACGGUAUAACGCCAAAAGAGCUAGUUAUUAUAACAAGGCUAUCAAAGCGAUAGAUGUAUGGAGGCAAGAGAGCGAAGAGAAAACGCAAGGACAUGAUCAGGUUCUGGACCACUAUGCUAAACGAGCCAAUUUUUACUAUAAAGCUACCAAGUCGGUACCUAUCUGGAGGAGCGAGACCGAGCGUGCCGUCAAGCAGCAGGAAGUCCUCGAGCUUUAUGCUGACCGAGCUGAAUACUACGGUGGAGUUACGAAGUCACUUCCCAUCUGGAGAGCGCAAACACAGCAGGUGGCCGAGCAUGAGAAACAAACACUCGCGCACUAUGCCCAGCGAGCCGACUAUUAUUAUAGGACUAGAGAUACCUUGUUGUCGUGGCAAGACUUGGCCAAAAAGAAGCGCAAGCAGAGAUUGAAAGACGCGCAUCUGGAGACUCGUCGCCUUGUAAAGAAAGGUAUGGGAGAGCGGUGUAUUGCGCAAUGGCGCGAGAAGCUACAACCGAGCUUUGAACGGUACGAAGCGAUGAAUGUCAUAUUGGAAGACGUUAUUGCGGAUCGAGAAUAUCGACAAAGCAUGGAAUCAUUCGACACAUGGCGUGAGCGAGCACGAGAACGAAACGAAACGGGCGCUACGAGCGACGUGAUGGCUAAAGAAAAGCUCUUGCGGCAAUGGAAAGACCAGUCAAGACGCCAUGAAGGGUUGUAUAUCGAAGCCGCACAGCACUGGGAAGAGACAGCCAAAUCCAAGGUGCUGAAGAAAUGGAACCUCACAACUAUUCAAAUGCCGAAUCGACCUCUCAUGGUGGAAAAUGCACUGGAGAAGAAGGAGAGGAGGUUACUACGAACACGCUUUGAGAACUGGUAUGGUCGAACAGCAGACAAGCUUGUUCCCAUCGAGCUUCCCAAUGGAGAUUACAGAAGUGUCGACCAGGUAGUGGAAGAUGCUCAGCGCCAAGCUUCACUUAAUCAAGCACGAGGCUUGUUUGAUAAAUGGCAAGCGGCGGCGAAGACCAGGAGUGAAGCUGCCCAGGAAGAGAUAUACAUACCUACUCCGGGAAGACCCCGUCUUUUCCUAGGAAGCUUGGGUACAACUACGCCUUUAGGACCUCCUCCCGGCCGACUUAAUUGGCGAGCCAGCGAGAUGAUACCGAGAGGAUCAGCUAUUAGAGGCAGGACUAAUCGUUCUGGUCGUCCGGAAAGGAAUCUUAGGGUCUCAUGGGCAUAAUAAUCAAGUAAUUGAAGGCAUUGAUGGCGUUGCGGGUUUGCCCUAUUUUUAUACGAUGGAAAUAUGCAUGGCAUAGGCUAGGCUUACCAGGGCCUACAUAGUGAUACCCCUUGUUCUGUUUUGUUGAUUGGGAGAUCUGGAAUAUUGAAAGAUACCCAUAAUAGAAGACAUGUUGAAUUA